AUGGAUCCGCAGGAAUCUACUUCGAAACCGUCUUCAAGUCUCAGGAUUGAAUUAGAUGUUCCCUCAACAGAUACUUGCUCCACUGUUUCCAGUGGAUAUAAAUUGCGACCAUCAGGAAGUGUAUCGUCGUUUGUCUCAUCACUCACAGCAACUAAAACUGAGUUGGUGACUAAAAACUACUUAGUCGGGAGUAUAGCUGGAGGUGCCGGCUCUUUAUUGGGAAUAAGGGAACUAAACAAGAUAAUUCCAAGUAGUAACAUAGAUAUUCAAGUUGUUACGUGGAAUAUGUUAUCCAUGAAGUCUCAGUUUUAUCCAGAAGAUUUAAGUGAUCUAUUCUUCAGUGGGUCUUCCGACGAAGCUGCAAGCAUUUAUGCCAUUUGUAUACAAGAGUGUUCUUCCGAUAAAAACGAACUUCUUGUGAGAUUGCAAGCUGCUAUUGGCAUAAAACAUGUUCUGUUUACGUAUGCAACCCAUGGGACAUUGGCUUUAAUGAUAUUCCUAAAUCGCGAUCUUAUAUGGUAUACUUCGGUGCCUCAGUCAGUUGGAGUCACAACUUCAGCUGCUGUACGAACUAAAGGAGCUGUAGCUAUUUGCUUUAUACUUUUUGGUACAUCGAUUCUAUUUCUUUCAUCUCAUUUUAAAGGUAAAUCAUUAAAUAUUUGA